UAAGGCACUCAAAUCUCCACAUUCUUUACAAUUCAACUUAUAUAGCAAGUUAAAUGGCUUUAAAAUCUCUUCACUAUCAAGGCAAUCAAACAUUCUCUGUAACAGAAAAGGGUUAUAUAAUUUAUCCAAAAUCUCUUAAUAUUGUUUGGGGAAAUGAUAAGCGUUAUUGGAAGCUACCCAAAAACGAAAAGGAUGAUGCAGAACUUAUGCAAGUAAAUUGGUUGGAGGUAACUGGUUGCAUCGAUAAUAUUAAUAUAACGAAGAAAACAUCAUACAACAUUGGAUUUACAAUGUCAUUGAUGACUGAUGCGUUCGGUUGGAGCGAUUCGCCACUUUAUCUUAUGGCUAAAUGGGGAGAUAAUACUCAAUGGAGAAAGAUCAAUUUGACUACUGAGACUAAUGGCAAAAAGAUGAUAUCAAAAACUAUUACGAUAACAAAAGGAAAAGGGAACAAUACUGAUAAGAUUUAUUUUGGAUUGUAUGAAGUUUGGAAUAAAAAGUGGAAAGGAGGUCUCAAAAUUCAUUCUGUAACCUUAAUAGAGACCUAAAAACUAAUUUAGCCGAGUGAAAAAAAUAGUCUUACAAAAAAGUUGUAAAAAUAGAAAUACAUCGAUUAUUGUCAUUCGUAAAUGAGAGUUUAAAAUAGGGGAAACUCAAUUGUUAAGAGUCUUAUUUUUAUUCAUGUAUUUUAGAGUGGGUUUUCUUAAAUGAAUUCGCGUUUGUAACUUUGUAUUUGUAUUGCUCAGAUCAUAAAUGAAACUAUGAAGAAAAAAUUAUUAA